GGUCCAAGUGCUCUCGACACUUUCAAAGCAAAGUAGCCACUACACAAAGAGCUGCCAUAAAGGGGGAGUCCUCGAUCUCAUCGAAUCCUAAAAAGGUCCUUUCCUUCUUCUACUUUUCUACCCGACUUACUCACCGUUCUCCACAUUGGCUCCCUCAGUCCCUCAUAGAUACUUGCUUUCCUCUGUGAAAGUUAAUUUAUUGAGAAUGGCAGUGGCAACGGCAUCUAGCCUUCAAAUGGCAACAGGGAGACCAUGCCUAUCCCCUUCAAACAGAAUUGUGAAGGCAGGUGCUGCCAUUCUAGGUGCCAAUUCUAGAUGCCUGUCAUGGAUGAAGCUUACAAGUACAAGCCAUAUAUCAUCUUUGCAAUCUUUUCAAAGGAGUUUCACAUCAUCUUCUGUGAAAUUUAAUAAGUUUGUUCCUAAGGCUAUGUCUGGAUCCAGCGAAAAUCAACCUGUUUCUGGGUUGCCAAUUGACUUGAAAGGUAAGAGAGCAUUUAUUGCUGGCAUAGCCGAUGACAAUGGAUAUGGGUGGGCAAUAGCAAAAUCUCUUGCUGCUGCAGGUGCUGAAAUCCUAGUUGGAACUUGGGUGCCUGCUUUGAACAUUUUUGAAACCAGCUUGCGGCGUGGGAAAUUUGAUGAAUCACGUGUGUUGCCAGAUGGUUCUUUGAUGGAAAUUACUAAAGUUUAUCCCCUAGAUGCAGUUUAUGACAGCCCUGAGGAUGUACCUGAAGAUGUAAAAACAAAUAAACGUUAUGCUGGGUCUAGUAAUUGGACAGUUAAGGAAGCUGCUGAAUCUGUCAAACAAGAUUUUGGCACCAUUGACAUUCUUGUGCAUUCAUUGGCUAAUGGACCAGAGGUGAGCAAACCUCUGCUAGAGACAUCAAGGCAUGGAUAUCUUGCAGCUUUGUCUGCAUCAAGCUACUCCUAUGUUUCUUUGCUCAAGCAUUUUAUUCCUAUAAUGAAUCCAGGUGGUUCCUCAAUUUCUCUUACAUAUAUUGCUUCAGAGAGAAUAAUUCCAGGUUAUGGUGGAGGGAUGAGUUCUGCUAAAGCUGCAUUAGAAAGUGAUACAAGAGUUCUUGCUUUUGAGGCAGGAAGAAAACAUAAAAUCAGGGUCAACACAAUAUCUGCUGGUCCUCUAAGAAGUCGUGCUGCAAAAGCAAUUGGAUUUAUUGACAUGAUGAUUGAUUAUUCAUUGGCAAAUGCACCCCUCCAGAAAGAACUAUCUGCUGAGGAGGUGGGAAACACUGCUGCAUUCUUGGCAUCACCUCUGGCUUCUGCCAUCACUGGUGCUGUUAUAUAUGUCGACAACGGCCUGAAUGCAAUGGGUGUCGGAGUUGACAGUCCGAUAUUCACAGACCUCAACAUACCAGGCGAAAAGCACUAAAAUUAGCCACAUGGAGAUCAAUAUAGAAUGAAUAAAAACGCUUAGCAUUUGGCUCUGUAUUUUCUUCUAGGGAUAAUUUGAUCAGUUGCUUAAGAAAUCUUGUCUUUUUUACCAUUAAAUUUUUGGACUUUUAGGUAGAGACUCUGCAAGUUUCUAGCAUGUCUGAAUUUGAACUUUAAAAUUUUUAUGAAACAAAUCUGAGAUUGAUCA